AUGUCGACCUCGCACACCGAGCACCGGCGGCAGGGGCAGCUGGAAAAGGCGCGGGCGGCCAUGCUCGACGACUUUGAGCGCCAAAAGGCCGAGCUGGCCAAGCAGUCGGAAAAGAACCGCGCCGCGCCCGACCGCUUCCAGAGCAAGAGCGACUCGAUCGAAGAGACGCUCAAGAAGAACACGGUCGGCCUUGUCCGCCUCGAGGAUUUCCAGAAGAGGAGAGAGGAGCUCGAAGAGGAAAAGAGGAGGGAGGCCGCCAGGAGUAACGAGGUUCGCACCGAGGAGAAGAAGAAGCGCAAGGACAAAAAGGGCGCCAAGGCCAAGCUCUCCUUUGCGCUCGACGACGAAGAGGACGACGACGCAUCGGCAUCAUCGUCUAUCAACCUCAAGCGCAAGCGCAACGGCGCGGCCUCGGCCUCGGGCGCAGGCGACGGCGGCGCCGACGAUUCGGCCUCGCCCAUCCCGCUGAAGAAGGCCAGCUUCAAGAACCCAAACGUCGACACCUCGUUCCUGCCCGACCGCAACCGCGAGGAAGAGGAGAGGCGGAUCCGCGAGGAGCUGCGCCAGGAGUGGCUGCGCAAGCAGGACGAGAUGAAGAACGAGGACGUCCAGAUCACCUACUCGUACUGGGACGGGACGGGACACCGCAAGGUCGUCAAGUGCAAAAAGGGCGACAGCAUCGCCCAGUUCCUGGAAAAGUGCCGGCAGCAGACAAACGAGCUGCGCGGCGUGUCGGUUGACAACCUCAUGUACAUCAAGGAGGAUCUCAUCAUCCCACACCACUACACCUUCUACGACUUCAUUGUCAACAAGACCAGGGGCAAGUCUGGCCCGCUCUUCAACUUCGACGUGCACGACGACAUUCGCCUGGUCGCUGACGCCACCGUCGAAAAGGACGAGUCGCACGCCGGUAAAGUCGUCGAACGCACCUUUUUCAACAGAAACAAGCACGUAUGGCCCUACAGCCGAUGGGAGGUCUUUGAUCCAAACAAGGACUACGGGUCCUACACGAUCCACGACCGCACCAAAAAGUGA